AGUACAUUCGGUAAUUCGGUAUUCGCAUUCGUCGCGACUUCUGCUUGGCCACGCAGUAAACCUCUUGCUCCUGGCUCCUGUGGCCUGUGGCUAUCCCACACGGCAUAGCGCGUACACGGUAUACGUGUACGAGGUGUGUGUGCGUGCGUGCGUGUGUGUGGUUGUGCGCGAGCAAGGGAACACGGUUGUACCUCUGUAUAUACGCUCGGUCAGGGUGUGCGCGCGCGCAGCCGCGCCGUCGAGCGGUGCAACGACGACGGCAACGAAACACGACGCACGCACGUGUGACCGGUAACGAGAGUGUGCGAGUCAAAGUGGAACGUUUGAUUGGUCGAGGCGAACGCGUGCCGCUACGACUGUGUUUCUUCGUGAUUCCGUCGUGGCCGAGAGCGCGGUGUGCGCAGUGCGCUCCCCACCGCGUGCGCGCAGUGUGUAACCCCCGCGACCGCCAUCUUUGUCAAGUGGGUAACCUUUGUUGAUUUGUGUGAAAUGUGACGCCGUUGUCGCGAGAUAAUUGGUGAUCGUGAUUACACGCGAGCCCUGUGUGUCGGUACCUAAGUGACUCGUGCUCUCGCGUGUCCCCUUGUGGAUCUAUACAUGGAACAACCGCGACCAGGUUGAAAGCGACGACUGAUCGAGGGUCGCAACAGCAGCAGCAGGAGCAGCAGCAGCAGCAGCAGCAGCAGCAGCCGAAAAGGUAGUCGGGCGGAAGAAGAAAGAAAAGCGGAGGAACUCGAGUCGGAGGAGCGGAGGAAGGUAGACGGGAGGAGAGAAGGCAGGUAGACAGGAAGGCGGGCGCAGGAUGUGAAUGUCGCGGCCGUGACACAGUCGACCCAGACCCGGAGGCGCUUCAGCGUUGUCCACCGGGUGCGUAUAACCUGGCCAGGUACGUGGCGGGUGGGUACGCCGCCGCCGGCGCCGCCCUCGUCGGCAGACGGCCGUCGGAGACGAGAUGGACGAGCCGGAGUCCGCGGAAACGUGGUCGGCCUGGUUCCUGGACGCGAUCCGGAAGAUCCGCAGCCAGAAACAGAGGCCGAGCGUCGAACGGAUAUGCCACGCGAUCCGUCAACACCACAACUUCCACGAGGAAGAGAUCGCGGAGCACCUGGAGGUCGCCGUGAAGCGCGGCGACGUGCUCAAGAUCUUCAACAAGGGCCAGUCCUCGUACAAGGAUCCGGGCGGCUUGCAGUCGAAGCCGCUCAAGGUCGGCAAAGGCUCCGACCUGAGCAAGGUGCUCGGUAAGGCCGUCAGGGAGCUCGGCGAGAGAGAGGGCUCGACCCUCAAAACCAUCGAGAAGUACAUCAGGCAGAGCCACACGGUCGAGGAGGAGGCCGAGGGCGACCUCAGGACCGCGCUCAGGCUCUCCGCGAAGAGGGCCGCCGACCGAGGCCUCGUCGUCCAGGAUGGCAGGCUGUUCCGGCAGCCGGACAGGCCGCCCUAUCUCAAGAAGAUUGGGGACAGCGCCAAUCUACCACCCCCGGACCCACCCGUCCCCAAGCUGCCGGCUCCUCUACCGAUAUGCAAGGAGUGUCUCGGGGCGACGAUAGCCGGCAACAACAACAACACGAAGCGGAACGCGUCGGAGAAGCUGAGCAGGUGUAGCGUGUGCGGCGCGGCCCUGCACAACUUGUGCGCCCCGCCGGAGCUCUCGGUCCUCGUCGACAGGGGGAUUACGUGGUCCUGCGACGACUGCUCGCCGACCUGCGCCGGCUGUCAGCUGGAACAGGAGUCGCAGAACUAUUUGGUGAAGUGCGCCGGCUGCGUGAAGUGUUAUCAUCCCACCUGCCUUGAUCCCGCUCUCGACAAAAAGAACAAGGCGCCAUGGAGGUGUCGACACUGUCAAACGGCGCACACGCCGGUCGCCAAGGACGACGGGAAGAAGAGCAAAACCCAGGAUUCGGCCUCGCUCGACGACACGCCGACCACUGCGAGGAAGAGAUUCAGCAAGUUGCGCGAGAAUCGAAAAUCGGCGGUAUCCAGAAAGAGCUUGACGAUCGCGACUCCUGGCAAGAAAGGCGCUGUCGGUGUGGCACAGGUGGACAGCAGCUCGGACGGUAAUGCGGGUGUUGUCUCCCCUCGUCAACCACCUUUAAUUUCCUCUCCCAUACCACAACCCCCCGCCCAACUCGCAGGCCAGGGUAGGCUACUCGAAGAAAAGAACGACCGGAUCUCGAAGGAGAAGCAAAAGUUCUUUAGGCUGAGCGCAUUUAACGCGGAGCACAAUAAGUUGAAGCGGGUGGGGGGCGGUGAUAAGUAUAAAUCCUCGCAGAACGUUAGUCCUAGGUUGACUCGGGGUAACGCGAACCAGAAAAAACAGCAGCAGCAGCAGCAGCAACAACAACAGCAACAACAACAACAGCAACAACCGCAACAGCAAAGACCGUUAAGGCCGGGUAAAAAGGCCUCGUUAGCGUCUAGCAGCAGUAGUAGUAGUAGUAGCAGUAGCAGCAGCAGCAGCGGUAGCGGCAGCGGCAGCGAUGCGACGGAUACCGAUUCUUCGGACGGUAGCGAUACCACGGACGACGAGGAGGAGGAGGAGCAGGAGGAGGAAGAAGAGGAGGAGGAGGACGAGGACGAAGAGGAAGGUAACAGCUCGAGCGAAUCCAGCGACUCGACUUCGGAGGAGGACGCGCCGGAGAGUGGUCGUAAAACUGUUCUCGAAUCUCCGAAACCUAGAAGUCCGUUCUCCUGCGAUCUCAGCGAGGACAAGCCAUGGGGCUUCGCCGCUGCUGCCGCCAAGCUUAACGCGGAGUCGCCGUUUUUCAGCAACAUCAACAACACGUUCGGUGCUCCGUUGCCGAAGCUCGACGUGGGCGGAACGCCGACGUUCGGCUUGCACAUACAACCGGCCGCGACCACCACCCCCUCGGAUAAUAACAAGAAGAAGCAAAAGAACGUUGCUACCGUAGCCGGGAUCACGGUCAGCGGGGGUGGCAACGUCUCCUCCGGCUUGACCGUCGCGGGCGCCGGCGGCGGCUGUGGCGGUGGUGGUGGUGGUGGUGGUGGUGGUGGUAACAGCAUCGAUAACAAAGUAAAGCCGGGCGCCGGUCAGUUGAAAGGCUUGUUCGAUGGUUUGAGUCACUUCUUUUCAGUGCCUACGAACAGUAGGGCGAGAUCCGGCGGAUCGGCGCCUAAUUAUGCCCCGGAUAGGAGAAAACGGCCUAACGCGGACGACAAGAACGUCGUCGCCAAUCAAGCCAAGAUCCCGAGAGUUGGCGCGAACAAAAGCGACUCGUCUCCCGGCGUUGGCAUCGGCGUCGGCGUCGGCGUUGGCGUUGGCGUUGGCGGUGCCAGUUCCGGCGCCGCCACCGCCACCGCUGCUACCGCCACCGUUUCCGCGGCCGCGGUUGCCAUUCCCGUUUCUGUUCCCAUGGCCGUUGCCGUCGGCGUCGCGGGCAAACCGAAGGAAAGGAGAAGAACGGCCGAGGAAGCACCGAGGGUGCCGAGGCCGGGGAUCUUUACACCCUCCGACGAGAGUCUGUUCGUGGUCGGUUCGUUGAACGAGAAGCUACCGAAAAUGACACCGUCGAACCUGGUGAAAACCGCUGUGAACAGUAAGAGGCACGAGCACGAGAGGAGAAAGCUGAUGAAGGACGCUUCGUCGCUCGUCAAGUACGCCCCGCCGUCUCACCGGCACGACCAUUAUCCACGGAAAAGAAACAGCAACAACAAUAACAACAAAAACACGGUCAUCGAGACGAGCAACGGUCAAACGACGCGCCACCCUGUGCCCGCUGUCUCGAAGUCCGGCCUGUGUUCCGAUUCCGUGAAAUCAAAUCCUAGCCUAAAGUCCAAUCCACGAGCCUGUACUAGCGCCACCACCACCAACACCACCACGACACCCCGCGCGACACCCUGCUCCACCAGGAAGGACGAGCCGAUACUGCCGCAGACCUUGCCGCCCGGCGUCACCCAGAGGGACGUCGAUCUGUUCAAGGAUGCCCGGGACAGAGCGACGCGUCUCACAGUCUCGAACGGUGAGGGAGACGGAGACGGCGACGGCGACGGCGACGGGGACGGCGACGGUGACGGUGAGGGCGACGGCGACGGCGAAGGCGACGAGGUCGUGACGGCGUCAGCCUCGGCUGCUCCGGCGGCAUUGGCGGUGGCGACUCUCAGUCCUCCUGGCAACGGUAAUUCCGCGGCCGGUAACGGCACGAGAAACCCCGCCGCCAUCGUUUUCGGCCGAUUCGAAGUGGAGACGUGGUAUUCGAGUCCGUUCCCCCAGGAGUACGCGAGGUUACCGAAAUUGUUCUUUUGCGAAUUUUGCCUAAAGUACACCAAAAGUCGAGCGGUACUCGACAGACACAUGGACAAGUGCCAGUGGAGGCACCCACCGGCCACCGAAAUCUACAGGUGUAACGGACUGUCCGUUUUCGAGAUCGACGGCAACGUCAAUAAGAUCUACUGUCAAAACUUGUGUCUGUUAGCGAAAUUGUUCUUGGACCAUAAGACCCUGUACUACGACGUGGAGCCGUUCCUGUUUUACGCAGUAACGAAGAACGAUAAGCUCGGGUGUCAUUUGGUCGGUUACUUCAGCAAAGAGAAGCACUGUCCCGCUCAACGGUACAACGUCUCCUGCAUCAUGACUCUGCCGCAAUAUCAGAGACAGGGUUUCGGCAGGUUUCUCAUCGAGUUCAGUUACCUGUUGUCCAAGGUCGAGGGUAUCCCCGGGACCCCGGAGAAACCUCUCUCCGAUCUUGGCCGGGUGUCGUAUCACUCGUUCUGGAAGAGCGUCGUUCUCGAGUAUUUGGACGCGCACCGGAACACGACGGACGUCAAGCUGAGCGACAUCACCAAGGAGACCGGCGUGUCGUCGCACGACCUCGGGACCGCCAUGCAACUGUUAGGAUUCAUGAAAUCGGUCCAUUUGCCCGGCGAGGGGAACACGAAAAUGGCUGUUACAAUCGAUUGGACCAAAGUCGACAGUCACAUGGUGAAAGUGCGAAGAAGUCCCCGGAUCAAACUGGACCCGGACUGUCUGCGGUGGAUCCCGUUGCUCACGCAGAUCCCAAAUCCUUACCAAAGUCCCGAGGAGAGCGGCGACACGAGCUCCGAGUCCUCACCCAUGGCGGAGCCCAAGCAGGCGGCCGCGAUCGUUGAAAAGAUUCAAAAGGUGAAAAUCAAGAAGAAACCCAGGGGACGAAGGUUGGGUCAAAGAAGGUCGUCGCCGCUGAAACAGAAGAGCCCGCAAAAGUCCGCAGCUGCCGCCGCUCUACAGAAAGAAGCGUCCAAAGUGUCCAGGGACGCGAAAGAAACGAGCAAGGAUUCGAAAUCCGUCAAGGAAUCGAGGGAGUCCAGGGAAUCGAGGGAACCGAGAGAAGCGAGGGAAUCGAGGGAAGCGAGGGAAGCGAGAGACGAGAAGGAAAAGAAGGAAACGAAAGAGGCAAGAGACUCGAAGGGGACCAAAGACUCGGAAAAAGAGACUCGGGCUAUCUCCGCCGCGACCCACGAAUCGCUCAAGAACUCGAUGGAAGUCGACUCGAAGAACGUUCCGUCGACGCCGAGAAAUUCUCGAUCGGUGGCGACUGCAAAAAAUGCAAACUCUUCCGCAAGCUCGGCGAAAGCGAUGCCACUGUCGUCGAGCAUGUCGAGGCGGAGGAUCAGAACGCCGAAGACUUCUCUGGCGAUGGAAAGCGCGACGGCGAUGACAGCGGCAGCGACAACGACCGCGGCAACGACGACGACCACGGCCACGACCACGACGACGACGCCUCUUCGCAAACGAAAACAUUCCGAAAAGACUGAAGCCGAGGAGAAGGAGGAAAAGUCGGAGGUUAGUUCCAGGAAGAGGACUCGCGAGUCUUUGAGGGAGAGAGAGAAAGAGAAGGACCGGGAGAAGGAGAGGGAAAAAGAAAAGGAGAAGGAAAGGGAGAAGGAAAAGUCGAAAGAGAAAACGAAGGACAAGGACUCUCCGAAGGCCAAGGAUCACGCGCCGGAGCCGGAGAAGACGUCGUCGAAGCUAGCGACGUCGACUCUGUCGUCGACGGUGCAAAAGCCGGCGAAAAAGCAAUGCAAAGUCGACGACAUCUUGUUGAAGGUGACGAGUAGACAAACCAAGUAUUUGCAGGCGAAGCAGGCGAAAGAGAAGAAGAGCACGGACGAGGCCCAGUGCAACGGCAAAGAGGAGUCGAAGGAGACGAAGACCCCGCCGAUGUCGAGGCGGGGACGAGCCAAAGCCGAGAAGGAGUCUCUGAAGAUGCCUCAGUUGAAGCCGGAGACGCCCGCGGGCGACAGACCGGAAAGUCCUGUGAUACCUCCGCCUUCGUUGUCACCUUCGGCCGACUCCGAGAAGCCCGAGUCUCGCGAGCAGAAGGAUUCUCCAGUUCCGGUGCUGGUAUCCGCUUCGAAGGAGGACGCUGCCGAGCCCGGCAAAAACGAGACCGUCGAAGAGAACGGCGCGAUCGUGCCACCGGAAGCGGAGACCGCGUUUGCGAGUCCCGGCGAGUACGAGGGCGGCGACGAAGACGAGGGGGAGGAAGAAGUACCUGCGCCACGGCCGAAGUCCGUGACAGAGGGUUCGAGCAACCCGGAGAUCGAAUCGAUCGAGCAGCCCGAGACGGCCGUGGAGGAGAUUCUGCAGAAGGCGGAGAAGCAAGAGAAGCCGGAAAUAUUGGGGAAUACGGGGGCGAUACCCGAGAACCCGGAGAAGAGCCAGCUGCCGAAAGUCGAAUCGGAACCGCAGCAGAUCGUUGCGAGGGAGGCCGCGGGGCCGGCUCUGGUCGAAUGUGAUAAAGACUCUGAGACUGAGAAAACGAUUUCUCGUAGCCCGGAAACGUCGAAAUUGGUACCUGAAGUAUCUUCGCCCAAGGGAGAAGAAUGCGAAAAGUUAGAAGCUAUUACUCAGGAUGAAGAUAGCCCUAAGGAAGAGCCGAUUUCCGAGAGGAUAACGCUCAAGGAUACGAAAGAGGAGUCAACGCGGCCAAUGGUCGAGGCUUCUCCGGCGACUCCCACGGAGAAGAAAGAGUCGACGAUCGUCGUUGCUUCGAACGUCGCCUCGAAUGUCGCCUCGAGCGUAUCUUCGAACGCUGCUUCGAACGUCGCCUCGAACGUCACUUCGAACGUCGCUUCGAACGUCGCCUCGAACGUCGCCACGAACGUCGCCCCGAACGUCGCCACGAACGUCGCCCCGAACGUCGCCCCGAACGUUGCCCCGAACGUCGCCCCGAACGUUGCCCCGAACGUUGCCCCGAACGUUGCCCCGAACGUCCCCUCGAACGUCUCCUCGAACGUCGUCGCGAACGUCGCUUCGCCCGAGGCCGAGCCCCUCACGCCGCAGGAAAAGUCGCUACCCAUCAUGGAACAACAGGAGACCAUGCACCUGCACCAGACGCAACCAGAGGAGAUGAAGCAGAAUUCUCCGGAGAGCGGAAAAACGACGCCGCAUCUGGAAAAUCCUGGAUCGGUGAAGCGGACGCCGCCCUCGCAGCCGGACUUACCCUCCAUGGGAGUCUACACGCCCGACUCGACCACAAACUCGGUGCACUCGUUGCAUUACAGUCAGUGCGAUCUCGACGUGAGUCAGUUGGGCCUGGAGUCGCCCACGUCGAUAUCCAGCGACCUGGCGUCCCAGAACAGCGUCGAAAGGCCGCCCAGCGCUUUGCCGUCUAUGCCCGCUUCGGGGACCGUUCCGAUUUCCGUGUCGAUGCAGAUCGCCCCGCCGGCCACGUCCGUGGCGGUGAACAUAUCGCCGCAGGUUCAGUACGCCGAUUGUUCGAUGCCGCAGCACACACCGCCGGCGCACGUCAGCAUUCACCACCCGAUGCAUCAGCCCCACACGCCGCAGCCACUUCAGCAGCCAAGGACGCCGCAGUCGCACACUCCGCAAAGCAUACCAACGCAGAGUCCUCAGCCAUUGCCGCAGUCUCACACUCCGCAACCGAUGCCACAGCCCCACACGCCUCAGCCCUUGCCUCAGUCUCAUACGCCUCAAAGCAUACCGACCCAGAGUCCGCAGCCCUUGCCGCAGUCUCACACUCCGCAACCGAUGCAGCUGUCGCUGGCUCAGCAAACCCAAAGCCAGAGCAUGGCGCAUAGUCAGUCCCAGCAGACGCAGCAGUCUCAGCAGUCUCAGCCGCAACAACAGUCCGCGCAUCAACAGCAGCAGCAGCAGCAGCAGCAGCAGCAGCAGCAACAACAGCAGCAGCAACCGCAGUCUCACAGCAACAAGAGAGCUAGCGGCUCGCAGACGACGCACAGGUCUCGAUCGACGCAGCAAAGCAGCAGAUCCCAUCGUGCCACUCCUCCGGCGUCGCACGGUCAGGCCACCUCUCAACACGCAAGUGCUCAUACCAGCCACGCGAGCUCGCACACGAGCCACACGACCGUGGCGCACACGAGCCACGUGCCGCCUCAGUACCAGCAGUCUUCGUCGAUGACCGUGCCGCCGGUGCCUCAUCUGCAGUCUCACACGCAUGCUGCUCACUCGCACAACAUGGCCGUGAUUUCUCAAGGAAACUACAUGGCGGUCGCCUCGCAGCCUUUUCCCACGCAGAACACGUACGUGAUACAGCAUCGGGGCAGCAGGUCCGGGGCACCCACGCCCUGCACCACCGCCACCAACUUCUACAUCCAGACGAGCGCGAUGCCUCCGCACUCGCACACGGCCGCGUCCUCGCUGUCUGCCUCCGGAAACCAUCAGACCACCAACUCUUGCAGCCUGGCGAAGCUUCAGCAGCUGACCAACGGCUUGGAGAUGAUACCGCCCACCCCGUCGCCGGCCAUGAACCUGACGCCUCCGCCACCUAUUCCGCACACCAUGACGCCGCCUCAGACCUCGAGGCAGCUGCCGACCCCGCCUCAGGUGCCCCUCGGCUACGCUAAGAACUAUUACAACGUGAACACGGUGCCGCCGCCGGGCACUCCCGGCCCGCCGAGCAGAUCGACCUCGAGAUCCUCGGCGAACGCGAACAUGGCGUCCCUGACUCAAUCUUACACCAGCGAGAGCUUGUACAGACAGACUCUGGACCCAGGUAGUACCUGUCCUCAGAUGCAGAGCGCCGCCAGCCGGGUCAGCCCGAACGUGGCGUUGAACACGAAUCUCAUGGCCCAGUACGGCUACCGCGUGGCCCAGCCGGGCACCGGCUAUAUGAACCAGGCCGCGCAACUCGGCGGCUUCAUGAACCAAGCCAGUCAGCUCCCCGUGGGAGUAGUGAACGUACCUGCGCCAUACCCUCAGGACCCCCAUCAGCAGAACCCAGCGGCGGUCUACACGACCUACCACGGUUACAUCAACGGAGGCCUUAUGCAGCCCCUGAACAGUUCGAUGAGGCCGCGCUAGCCCCCGAACUCACCUAAACGCACAUCCCUUCACCCGCUACGACGAACUUUCGAGGCCGACAAGCUCCGAGGCCCAUCGUCCGCUUAGCAACGACCGCAGUGUCUCUUCGGACAAGCUUAAGCCGUACUCCGCGAUGCGAAUCUCGAUCUCGAUCUUGGGAUACGGUGUCACGACUCGCUGUUUGAACACAGCGCCAACUGAAUCGGCAGUCCACCCCGAUCGCUGGUUGAAUUCGUUGCUGUCCGGAGUUCUUCGCUUUGACGCAAAGUUCCAUCCUUCGAGGAAAUGCCGUAGGAUCUUCUUUUUAUUCCGAUAACAUGGUAAAAAGAAAUACGUUCUGUUUUAUGGUACCACCGACGAGUGCAACGCCCGGCUCUCGAGCCCCCUCCCCCUUCCAAAAAGAAGAUUCUUUUUUAACCACAUUCAUCGAACGAAACGCGUACCGAAGUUAGUUUCUCCUUAGGGUUCGCACGGAGCUUGUUCCUCGGAGGAUCGAGAAGUUCGAGAGAAUCAGAAGAAGAGUUCGUAUUGGAGGAAUCUGUGACUCGACGACGUGUAUGUAUGUAUGUACGUAGUGUGUGUGUAUGUAUGUAUGUAUGUAUGUAUGUAUGUACAUGCGUGUGGAAUAGAAUCGCGGUACCGGAUAAGAAAUUACGAUGCAUGGGUUCUUUGUAACUUGUGCAUUUACGAAGCGAUUAAUUAUUAUAUACUUUAUCGAUCGAUCGAUCGAUCGUGGUAAAGGAAGAGAUGUACCACGAGUACGUAUACAUCUCCCCCCCUCUCUUUCGGAAUCUACGAACGACAAAACGAAUAUGAACCUAUUUUUUAGUAGGGCAUUCGCUCUUUGAAUCGCAACAGUGUUACGUUUUCUGUAUAAUAACA